AUGAGCUUGCCAAACAACCCAUCAAUCAUAUUAAUCGGCUGUCCUGGUGCCGGGAAGAGGUCAUUAGGAUUCAUCGGUGUCAAACACUUGGGACGCAGACUGGUCAUCGCCGAUCGAUAUUUUCAAACACAAAUCGGGGUCUCUAGAGCAGAAUAUCUACAAAAGCAUGGGAACAGCGAGCUACAGAAAUGCACGGGGGCAGUUGUGGAGAAGAUGUUGAAGGAAAACAGCACGGGCUGUAUUCUCGAGUGCGGACUCGCGAGCCUCAUACCCAGCGUUCGACAGCUUCUUCGGAAAUACAAAGCUACUCAUCCAAUAAUCUAUAUUAGCCGUUCUCAAAGCUUCUUUAUGAAGUAUUUGGGAUUAGACGAUAAAGAUGGGACAAGACUCUUGAAGGAUUGCGACACAGUGCAUCGGGCAUGCUCGAACCUGGAAUACCAUAACCUUUUUGAUCCUUUUUCUCGAGAAUAUAGUCUGGCUCACCACGAUCAGCAGCAGCAGCCGUGUAAAGCACCGUUCUUCCUCCAGAAUGCGAAGCAAGACUUUUCGCACUUUUUGGACCUCGUAGUUGCUCGGUCUUCGCACAGGAGCGAAGCUGAUCGUGAUGACGAAAAUCCCGAUCCAUUUGUACUUGAAUUUCUUCCGCUUGAAUGUCGAGAUCGCUCAUACCUACGAAGUGUUCGUUUAUCGGACAUGGUAAAUGGAGCAGAGGAUGUGGAUAGCCUUGCAUCUGGAGAAGACGGAGUCCUUCUCAUAGUUGACAUGGACACGCCUGACGUCCUAACGACGAUAACAAAGUACAUAUCGGUCAUUAGAAGAGCAGUCAAAAUCCCGAUUGUGUACACAGUUGAGGUUACAUCAAUGUGUCAUGAGAGAGACGGUGAGAUACCUUGUAAGGUCGAAAAUUAUUUCACACUUCUCAAUCACGGAUUGCGGAAUUGUGUCGAGUACGUCGUCGCGAAUCUCAACGCUGAGACGGAACGUAUUCGAAAAUUGAUCGAAUCAAAAUCACCGGGAACAAAAAUCAUCGGUUCCCUCUUCGAUCCGGAUCCUACUGUGCGAGCAUGGAUCCAAGAUGAUAGGAGGAAGAACUACGAAUGGGCGAAAUCAUUAGGAUGCGAUAUCGUGCAACUCACUCAGCCAGCAACGACGCCAGCCGACAACGAGGAUGUCCAGUAUUUUGUAAGAUCAAUACAUGAGCAACCUAGCUCUAAUAACCCGCCUCUCAUCGCAUAUAAUGUCGGUGUCCAAGGAAGAACGUCUCAAAUUGCCAAUAGAAUUAUGACUCCCGUCAAUUAUGGAACGCUUGACAACCGUAACGCAUGCGAUCCCCAAAUUACACUCAGACAGGCCAUUCACGCCUUGUGUGCGAACUUUGUAUUCGACCCUCUAGAGUUUUACUUGAUCGGAGGUUAUCCCUCUGUCAGCUUGAUCCCCCCAGCUAUGCAUCGGGCUGCCUAUGAAAAAUAUGGCUUCUCUCACUCGUUCCAAAUAAUGCAGGCAAAAAAUAGUGAAGACAUACUAAAUAUUGCGCAAAAGCCGAAUUUUGGAGGUGCAAGUAUCAUGAUUCCUUUUAAAACACUUCUUCUCAAUCAACUGCAGGAAAUUAGCCCUCACGCAGCCGCAAUUGGUGCGAUCAACACUCUUCUACCUUUAAGGCGAUCAGUCCAUGACGGUAAAUCAAUUCCCUUCGCAUUGCAACCUGAGCAGAGAAAUCAUGCUGGUCCUAUCGCUGGUCUAUUCGGCGAUAACACUGACUGGUUCGGAAUACAAUCGACCAUUCUGCAGAAUCUCUCGCCGCGGAAUGCAAUCGAGCCAUCUCGGUCCGUGGCACUUAUCAUUGGAGCAGGGGGUGGCGCACGCGCUGCGAUAUACGCCAUUAUUCGACUCGGUUGUCGAAAGAUCUAUGUUUAUAACCGGACAGUAGAAAGAGCCGAGAAUGUUGCACGGCAUUUCAACCCCCUUUUCUCAGGAGACAUUGUGAGGAUCCUCCCUACUCUUACAACUCCAUGGCCAGAUGGAGAGGAUCCUGCAACGAUCAUUGUCUCUUCAAUCCCUGCCCAUAGUUUCGGAGACAAUCGUCGACCCAAUUUCACACUACCCGAGCAGUGGCUCCAGAGCAAAUCUGGUGGCGUGGUUGCCGAGCUAGGCUACCUACCACCACGUACACCACUCUUGAAACAAGUGCAAUGUCUGAAAGAACAGACAGGUCGCGCAUGGGUCACGGUAGAUGGGCUGGAAAUAUUGCCGCUGCAGGCUAUCCACCAGUUUGAGCUCAUGACUGGCCGUAGAGCACCACGCGAUGCGAUGUUACGAGAGGCGAGACGGCUACGAAGUCUACAGGAUCCGAAUUCGGAGACGCCUGUAAAUGUACCUAGUUGAUAUCGUACCUUCACUUUUUUCGCUCAUCCCUGAUAAAUCAGAC